UAACAAUAAAGAAUGAAUUUUUAAUAUUUGUGUGUGAUAAAGUCUAUACUUUAAUUUCCUAGCCUCCAUUUCACUAAGGUGGUCUAAUUGUUGAACAUAUUCCAUUUCAUUUCAUCAAUCAAUACUUAACUAAUACCCAUACAAAUAACAAAGGUACAUUAAUAAAUAAAUAAUCAAGCAGAAAAGAGAGCACUAGCAGCAGCAAUAGUGAUCUGUGAUUUGGGCUGCAAAGCCACUUUACCUAAAACGUCCAUCAUUUUCUCUCUCUCCAAUCUUAUCUUCUCUCUCAUCCAAGAAGAAGACCCUUUGAAAUUCUCCAUCAAUGACAGCAGCUCAAUCUCUUCACCUCUCUCUUUUGAGUGCUUCACUUUCCUCUCAUAUUCUUCUGCGACUAACAUGGCUAUAUCUGCCAUUUCAACCACUGCAAUGAAAACCCUUUUCAACUUGAGAUUUUUUUGAAGUAGUGGUUUGUAUUUAUAGCCAAAUUGAAAGUGGUUGUUGGAGAAAAAGUUACAAAUCAACUGAUAGAACAAAAACUCCCACGUUUUUUAAGCCUCUUGGUUCGGACAUAGAUAUUUAUUUUUGUGGCAAAAAAUCCCACGUUUUUUAAGCCAAUUGGUUCGGGAAAGUUAUAAUUAGGGAUGUAAAUCAAUCAAAUAAUUUUAAUUCGAUUCGGUAUUCGAUUUGAAUUUUUGAUAUUCGAAUACGAAAAACCAAGCUCAUUUUAUCCUUUUUAACCGAAUUAAAUUAAAUUACCAAAUUAUCAUGACUCGCGCCUCCAAGAGAAAAUCGGAUAAUCAAACCUCUGCGCCUGUCAAAACUGCCCGCGUCGACUCUGUUCGUUCCGCAUCCAGCAAAGCUGCAAAGAAAGUGGAGGAACGUAUUGAUGAACUUUACACAAAAUAUGCUAAUCAGUCGUCAUGUGUGAUUGAUCCAGAAGGGGUUGAAGCAUUAUGCUCUGAUUUAAAGGUGGACUGUACUGAUGUUAGGAUAUUGGUGCUAGCUUGGAAAAUGAAUGCUCAGAAGCAGGGAUAUUUUACCCAGGAUGAGUGGCGAAGAGGGUUGAAAACUCUUAAGGCUGAUACAAUAACUAAAUUGAAGAAGUCAUUGCCAGAACUUGAGAAAGAGGCCUUGAAGUCAGAGAAUUUUGAUGAUUUCUAUAGAUAUGCCUUCCGUUACUGCUUAACGGAGGAUAACAAGAAGUGUCUAGACAUUGAGACCGCCUGUGUAUUAUUACAACUCGUUUUAGGGGUCCAAUAUCAGGACCAGGUAGAUUCAUUCAUUAAAUUUCUUAAGAGUCAAAGCGACUACAAGGUAAUAAACAUGGAUCAAUGGACAAAUUUCUUUCGAUUUUGCCAAGAGAUAAGCUUUCCAGACCUUAAUAAUUACGACACGGAUGAAGCUUGGCCAUUAAUUCUGGAUAAUUUUGUUGAUUGGACGAAACGACAAGAAAAUGUGGUUAGUGCAUGAGUUUGGGUCAAGGUUUUCCAGAUUCCUAAAUGCGGAACGAACAACUAUGGAAGAGUAUACUUGACAUGCCGGCUGUAUAAUUUUUCUUGGACACAUCUAUAAUACGCCAUUCUUUCCAAAACUUUACUUGUGUAUCUUUUGUGCUUGGCUUCCUGGUUUUGUAUUUUCUUUCUUUAAAUCAAUGGCCAUUUUUAGUGA